GGAUCCUUCCCCUGGCUACCUCUUUCUACUUCUCACAACCCUCUCUCUCUCUCUCCCUCUCCAACUUCCACCCCACUUCCCCACUGCUAUUUUCCUUUCUCCAAUCCCCUUGGCACUAUGGACCCAAUUAAGAUAGAGAAGCUCCAAGCCAUGAAGAGAUACAGGAGGAAGCAAUUCCUCCCUACCUUUAUCCAAUCCUGUCUCACAGUUGUAAUGCUGGGUCUAUUCCUCUCAAGUACACAUUGGCUUCCUACAAUGUUCUCCUCCAUGAGGAAGUUCUUCUUGGUGUAUCUUCCAAACAUUGGUGCCAUCAUGUUCAGGCCCAAGUGCUUGUUCAUAGUCUCCAACAUCAUCAUCAUCUUCCUCGUCGGUGAGUCGAAGCUCUCCAAGUCCCCUCCGAUGCCCGACAUAUAUGAAGAGUAUGUGGCAAGAAGGCAAGGUAUUCAAAGGCUAUCUAGUGGUGAAGUUAAGGUGGUGGAAAGUGUGAAGGAGGAGAUUGUGAAGGAAGAGAGUGUGAGGGAGGAGAGUGUGAGGGACUCUUCAAUUGAAGAGACAAAGGAGGAAGAUGAAGAAGUGGAGGAAAGGGAGAAAAGUGGUGGAGUUGAGGAGGAGGAGGUGGUGGUGGUGGAGAUGGAGACAGAGUGUGAGGAAUUGGAUGAAGAGGAAGAGACUGGCUUGCCUGCGGAGGAAUUGAACAGAAGGGUUGAGGACUUUAUUGCAAGGUUCAACAUGCAAAGGAGGCUUGAAGCAAGAAUGCUUGUUUGUUGUGGGUGAGGAAGGGAGGAAGAGUGGCAUAACAUUAGUGGUUCAAGGAUAGAGAACUUGGUGUAAUAAAUCCAGCCACAUUUAACAGGCAACCCCCUGAUCUUGUGAAAUCAUUUGUAGAUAUUGAGCUCUUUGUUGACUGCAAGCCAGAUGAGAUAAGAAGAUCGGGGGUUCCCUUGUUCUUCUCUUGUUUGUAAAGUUUGUUCAACAAAAAGAAAUGGAUCCACCAAAAAAUAAUGGGUGGGCAUAGGAUCGCAA